ACAAUCUAUUUAAGGUAAAACAUUUUUCUUUAGGAAUACAACUAUAUAUUUUAUUUGAUGAUGUUAAACUUCAAGAAGCUAAAUGGAUAAAAUGAUGUAAAUAGAAAGAUACAACACUAGAUGUGAUGGCCACUGCCGUGCAACCCUUGCCUUUUCCGGAUGCUCAUACGUUUCAUCAACAACGUCAACCAAGACAAGCUCAACAACAUCAAACCUACACUGCUGCUAUCCCCUUUUUUCCUGAUGCAAAUGCAAUCAUUGGCAAUACACAGCCAAAUUUGUUCAAGCAGAUAAAUAUUAUCCCAGGUCUUGAUGCUGAAAAUGCAGUAGUGGAUACAGGUGUAAAAUUGGUCAGACCAACUGGUACCCAAGGUCAAAUUUCGUCCAACACAGCUGCAGCAAACGAUUAUGAUGGAAAACGCAUGCGACGCUCAAUACAACGAAGGACUGUAGAUUACAAUGCAUCAGCUAUUCAAACUAUAAAACAUCGUCUUUACAGGCGAUCCAUAUUACAAAAGCCCAUAGUACAGCCGGAUCCGUUGUAUUAUCUAAAUAUUGUACAACCACAAAGCAUUCGUUUUAAUCCCAUAAAUUCUGUCACCACAAGAUUUGUUCGAGCGUCAACAAAUAAAGUCAGAUGUCCAGUGUUUACUGUUGCUUGGACACCAGAAGGAAGGCGUGUUGUAACUGGAACAAGUAGCGGAGAAUUCACAUUGUGGAAUGGACUUACCUUUAACUUUGAAACUAUUUUGCAGGCUCAUGAAUCAGCUGUUCGAGCGAUGCAGUGGAGUCAUAAUGACAUGUGGUUAUUAUCAGGUGAUCACAAUGGUGUUAUCAAAUAUUGGCAAAGCAACAUGAACAACGUGAAGAUGAUUCAAGCACACACAGACCCCAUUCGUGGUUUAAGUUUUUGUCCCACUGACAAUAAAUUUGUAACUUGCUCUGACGAUGGUUUGCUGAAAAUAUGGGAUUUUUACCGCUGCGUCGAAGAGAAUGCUCUAAGAGGUCAUGGAGCCGAUGUUAAGUGUGUUGAUUGGCAUCCAUCAAAAUCUAUUAUAGCAUCAGGGAGUAAAGACAGUCAGCAACCUCUCAAACUGUGGGAUCCCAAAUCAGGAAUUAGUCUUGCAACCAUUCACGGACACAAAUCCACUGUGAUGGAUCUCGACUGGAAUAAAAAUGGCAACUGGCUACUGACUGGCUCACGUGAUCGCUUGGUUAAAGUUUUCGACAUUCGCGUCAUGAAGGAAAUGUUUACGUUACGAGGACACAAAAAAGAGGCUGCGUCGGUGAAUUGGCAUCCAAUAUAUGAAGAAAUGUUUGCCAGUGGUGGUUCUGAUGGGUCCAUUAUGUUUUGGUUACUUGGAUGUGAAAAAGAGCUUGGUGUCAUGGAAAACGCACACGAUGGAAUGAUCUGGGAUUUAAAAUGGCAUCCAUUAGGUCAUAUCUUAUGCUCUGGAUCAAACGAUCACACAACAAAAUUCUGGACGCGUAACCGACCAGGAGAUAAAAUGCGAGAUAAAUAUAACUUAAACAUUCUUCCAACAGGUUUUGAAGAUGAUUACGAAUAUGAGCUUCCAAACAACUCACAGUCAGAAGGAGACACAACAGCACAUGAUUCGACACUAAAUUCAACUGUAAUGUCCACUGAUACUCCUGUCAAAGCUGCUACGGUAGUGAAUGGUAUUGAUAAAAGCGACUUAGAAUCCCCAAUUGUGAAAGCUUUGCUGGAACAGACAAGUCUGGAAGUAACAAAGCGAUCAAGCAAAGAAACUCCUGCGCAGAUAUUCACUGUAUCACAGCUUAGACCAACAGCUCCAGCUUUUAAAAUUGAAGCGGACAAGCAAAAACAGGCCUUAGAAGAAGUGGAGAGACUAGAAAAGAGAAGAGAGCGACAGUUAAGAAGAGGAUCCGAUAAAGGGAGUAAACGCCGAAGAGCUCACCACGACGAUGUGGCAGCUGCGAAUGCUCCAUCCUUACUAGACUUAAAUAUUGCACCUCCUGACUUUUUAAAAAAUCACGAUUGGGAGGACGAUUCACAAGACGCACCAUUUAUCGGCGAUGCGAAAUUUAGAGAGGGUCCUUCAGCUGAUCAUGCCGUCGAAGAACAGCAGAGGAGUUCUAACCGAGGUAGAACCGAAUCACAAGGACCGCCAAAACAUAACAAUAAUCAACGAUCAUUUGACGCUCCACCCACUUCCCAGUAUAAUGGCCAACAUGAUUCGAAAAACUUAAAUCAUAGGCGACCACAAGGUAACGAACCGAGAUUUGAUGGACCACCGUCGCAUAGCAACAGUGAGAUGAACCAUCACUUUGGUCGGCCUGAUUUUAACCAUACAAAUGAUAGACUGAAUAAUUUCGAUGGAGGCGAGCCUAACCGCUACGGCGAGACGAAUAACUCUUAUAAGCCUCAUCCGCAAUACAGAAAUGAUGGUAAUAACGUGAUGAAUGAUCGGCCGCCUAGGUUUGAUAAGCGAAACGAAUUUCAUCCUCAUCACCGGUGGGAAGAAGAGCGAAUGAAUGACAGAUGGUUUAACGGCGACAACCGUGGUCGUGACGGUAAUUUAGACGCACGUCCUAACAUGAGGGACGACGGAAGGAGGUGAUCUUAUUCUUGUAACUUGCGCUUUGUAAUUAUUCUUCGUGUCAGUCAAUACUUUUAACUGACAUCGUCAACAUAUAAGACAAUUGAAUUUUAUCUGUUCUGAUGAAAUAAAAAACCUAAUAAAAAAGAAGGUUGAACUUA